AUGGUAGUAGAAAAAGCAACACAAUCACCAGUUCAAUUAAAGAAGAACUAUGGCCAAGAUGAAGAAGUCAAGCCACGUCUCAACUAUGACUUGAACGUCAAGCAAAAGCCAGCCUUUAUCACCUUGGAGAAUCCACAAUGCCAGUAUAUUCUGGAUGAGCAGUCCCGUCACAUCAACGUCGAGCGUCAGUCCCCCUACAUUAACAUUGGUCGUGCCGCCGACGUCAUCCAAGUCAACGAGGAGCCGGUCCAAAUCAACUGCCAGCCAUCUGCCGCCGAAGUACUCGUCGAGAAUGGCCAACCCAUCGUCGAGGUUGAGCAAAAGGCACCCGAGAUUGAAAUCGAGCAAUUCAUGCCCAAGCUCUACCUCAAGAUGCCACCAAUCAAGGUGUACUUGGAGAUGGACGGUGCCCCAGAGAUUUUGAUGGAUCCAGUCCCACCAAGUGUCAAGGUCAAGCAAUCCGACCCACUGGUCCGCUUCACCAACACCAAUCCAAAGGUCAUGUUGAACCAAGCACCACCCAAGUUACUCGUCUCCCAAUUGCCAUCGCAAGUCGAAGUUAUUCCAUCGGCCAAGGCAUCGAUCCAAGUCAAGGAGAACCAACCAAUCGUCUCGUUCACCGAAGGUGCUCCCACUCUCCGUGCACUCGAAUGCGGCCAACCCAAGAUCUCAUACUCUCAACCAGACCCAGAGCUCAGCUACACCGAAUGCGGUCCACGUGUCUAUAUCUCCCAAAAGGACGCAUCCGUCUCGCUCAAGCACGAGGCACCCACCGUCAGUGUCACUCCAAGAGAGCCAACCGUCUCGAUCAACCACCGUGCCCCCAAGAUCGACGUCCAACGUCACCCAGUUGCCGUAUCUGUCGUUGAGCCAGCCACCACCGUCCACUUUGGCAAGCCAGGCAGCAAGUUGGAGAGCGAAUGGGUCCAACUCAAGACCACCGAGACCACCCUCGCCAAGCAGAUCCAACAAACCAAUAUCACCGGCACCACCUAUGCUCAAUGGUGCAACAGUCUCUUGUCGUGUGACUCGUUCAACGCCCAACAAGGUGCCCGCAACUCGUUUGUCGUCUUUGGCGGCGGUGAAGCCAAGCUCUUGGAGGCCUUCAAGACCGACAAGGGUAACCAUACUUUCAAUUUGAACCUCCGCAACUCUGCCGGUGAAUUGUUGUUCAAGUGCGAAUCCGAAGGUAAGCUCCUUCGUAUGUGGGACUCUAGCAAUGUUCAAUUUGGUUGGAUCGACUGUACCGCCACUCACGUCGACGUAUUCAAUGCUUCUGGUGCCAAGGUAUUCAGUUUGAUUCCAUCUGCUAAUAGCUGGAAGUUUGAUAUCCAAGAUUUAAGUUUAGUUAAACUCGGUUACUUACAACGUGAAGGUAAGCUCUCUGGUUAUGACUUGAAGUUCCCAAGAGAGUGGAAGUCUGAUAACAAGAUGUUACUCUUGGGUUCUCUCUUCCUCAUCGACAUUGAAGAGUUGGUGAAUGACAUUGAUUUGAUAUGUCUGUUGUUCACUUGUAAACAGUUUUAUUAUAACUUUAGACAACAAUACAAGUGUCGAUUCAAAGGUGUAUCAUUAAUAGAUAAAUCAUCAGACACAUAUAAAAUAAGAUACAACACUCUCUAUGCUAUCCAAUCAUUCCAUCUUGGAUCAUUCACCGAUAUAUUUCAUAGAUCAAUCUCAAAUCAACUUGUCAAGAGCUGCAACAUACCAUUAUUUAAUUACGAUAAUAAUAAUAAUAAUAAUAGUAGAAGUAGAGAUGAUUCGAUUGAAAAGUCUGUAAUAUUAGUUGAUGAUAUUGAUGAUAAUCUUUUGGUGGAUGAUCUACCAGAUACUAUCAAAUGGUUAUCCAUCGAUAGUUCUGGUAGACCACUCACAUUAGAAGAUGGAUGGAAGUUACCAAGUGAGUUGGAAAGUCUAGAAUAUAUGUCAUACAAUAGUGGUAUGGUUGGAUUAGGUGUACUACCAGAGACAUUGACCGAAUUGACUUUGGACGUACCUCCCCAUGGUCUCGCAGACGGUGUGAUUCCUCAGUCAGUACAAACACUCGUACUCAAGAACAAUGAUGUAUUUGGUGCACCGGAUAUAGUGCGAUCGGAGUACCACCUUCCUCAUCGUCUCUCACACCUCUACAUUUAUUUCGCAAUCGAUACUCUGUCGCUGCAGUUCCCACCGACUCUCAAGUCUCUCACAUGGUGGACACCUCCAUUGACACCCGACUAUAUGUUUCCAACAAGUCUUGUCUAUUUGAAACUAGUCAUCCAUGAUACCCUCAACUAUCCGUUAAACCUCUCACUUCUCACAUCGCUUCAAACACUCAAAAUCAAUGCAAGAAUAUAUUUUGUCAAUGAACCAACGCCAAGUGACUAUCUACGUCUUCCACCAAACCUCACCAGUCUCACCCUCCAUGCCAAAGCCACAAUCGAGUCAUUGACAUUCUUUCCAAAGAGUUUGGUCAGUCUUGACACCAAUUACAAUAUAGUUAGUGGAGCCAUUGACAAGGGAGAGCAACUACCCGACACACUCACCUAUUUAUGUUUACGGUAUUGUCACGGUACCAUUCCUGCCGGGUUCAUAGGUCCGACUCUCAAAUCUCUCAAACUCACCUUUUCCAUUGUACAUGCUGUCUUGUUGGAGGGUUCCAUUCCAGAGGGUGUACAAACGCUCUCUGUCAACAACUACCAACACAAUGGAAUCGUUCAACUCAUUCCAAAAUCAGUCAAUCAUUUUAGUUGGUCUGAAAAGACAAGUGUCAAAGAGUAUUUAGCAUUUCCAUCAACUAUUCGUACACUAGAAUAUAAGCCAAAGGAGAUAGACCCCGCCACUGCUCACUACCAGAUUCCAUCGUCACUCACUUCAUUGACCACCAUCGCCACACGUUGUUGUCCAACAACAACCUCAAGUGUUGGAGAAUAUCAGCUGUCAACGUUUUACCAAUGUAAUGAGGAUGAAAACAACAGAAAGUGGAUACUUCCUAAAACAGUUACAUUUUUAUCGUUGGAGAUACCGCCACAGUCUGUCAUAUCGCAUUUCCGGUUUGAUCCAAUUAUCUAUCAAACCAAUGUAACUGAAUUGGUAUUACAAUCAGACUCACGUGAUAUUAUUCAUUGUAAUAUUCAAAGAUUUGAAGAGUUAGAUAUCAUCAACAACAAUAAUAACAGUGAUACCUAUGAUGUAUUGAUAACAGACAAACAUUCAUUACUUGGUGGUGUAGUCAGACUUGGUAAACAACAACAAAAACUAUAUUUAAAUUGGAAGGGAGGUGUUGGUGCUAAUGGGCCACCUACAAUUAGUACCACUAUCCCCACUGUUUAA